GGGGAGUGAAUGGCGAUUGGCGCUGCGCAAGCGCCUCUAUGCGCAAGCACGCUGCGCGAGAAUCAGUGGUGGAGUGAACAUUUUCACUAGGAUAUUUCAAGCCGAGUUUCUAUCAUAUUAAGUUCCAAAUGAUUGUGAAUUUAUGGCGCCGCGAGUGUUACUGCUCAGCAUUUUCUUUACCGUAGGAUUGUCGGCAAGGAGGAGCACAGGGCUGGAGCUGGGUCUGCAGUUCGGUGUAGAACCCCAGGACAUUGUGGUGAGCCGCAACAAGCCCACACUGCUGCAAUGUUCAUCUCCCACUCAGAAUGUCUCCUUCCAUUGGACAGUGGACAACAAGCCCCUCCCUUUAGUUAACAACUCCCGUAUCCAACUUCUUACCAAUGGCUCACUUUACUUCAAAAAGGUGUACCACAAGAGGUCAGGACAGGGCCCGUCUGACCAGGGGGUUUACCGAUGUAUCAUCCGCACCUCCACUGGGGCCCUGGUGUCCCAACCUGCUCAUCUGCGUUUUGCCUCCAUGUCUCACGAGUUUCUGGUGAACGGGCGAAGUGUCAGUGUUGUGGAAGGAGACCCUGCCGUGCUGCCUUGUAGCAUAGAAUCCCUCCCACCUGCAGAGAUCAAGUGGCAGUACAACUCUCAGCCUCUGCUUCAGUCCAACAGAUACAUAAUACUAGAUAAUGGAACUCUCAUAAUAAAGCAAGUCCAGAAAGAAGAUGAAGGAGACUACAGCUGUAUCGCCUGGAACAGCCUGGUGAAUAAGACGCGGGUAAGUGACGUAUCCCCACUCUCUGUGGAGACAAGAACCAGCCCUUCACCACUUGAGAUCCUGAUCCCUGGAACCCUGAGAACCAACUGGACUCUAGGAGACAACGUGACAUUGGCUUGUGUUGCCAAAGGAACCCCCACUCCGACUGUCAAGUGGACCAAACUGUUACCAGACCAGAGCAGUGGGCUGGUGACCGAUGUGACGGAGGGGGUCAGUAUACUCAAAAUUCAAAAUGUGACGGCUAGCCAUGCCAGUGUGUACACGUGCAUCGCUUCUCAAGUCAUCUCCCAACGCAAGACUAACACUGUGUCCAUUACCAAAGAAGUGGUGGUGGAAGAGAUUCUGACUCCACCUGUGCUCACCAAGAAACCCAAAUCCCAGGUUCUCCCGACAGCCAAAACAAUCAGAUUCCAAUGUGAGGCAGAAGGCAACCCUAUUCCUCAAGUGGUUUGGUACAAGAAUGGAUACAAGCUGCAUAUCAAUGGGAGAAUAAAGCUGCGUGACGAGUUGGUGUUGAGUAACACUGUGAGCAAUGACAGCGGAGUAUACCAGUGUAUUGCCACUAACAGCGUUGGUUCUGUGUGGGCGGCAGCAAGGCUGCAAGUGAAUGCUUCAAAAAACCAGCCUCGUCCCCCUACCCACCUCACCUGCACCACCCUGUCCGCCACUACGGUCAACCUCACCUGGGAGCAGAUCAACCCUGUCAAUGCAUUCACUAUCCACCUGCUGCCUACAGAUGGUGGGGAGGAACGUAUGUCCGUGAUGGAGAUGGAGGUUGGCCAGCAGAACCAGACAUUCACCGUUGAAAAAUUACCUCCUUAUACCAACUACACGUUCUAUGUGCGGUCGUACACCAGAAAUGCAGCCAGUGACAACAGUGAGGAGGUGAUUUGCCAGACAGGAGAGAGCGUGCCUAAAGGAGCCCCACAGAUGACAGCUAGGCCGCAGUCCGCAAUGACAGUGCUUGUGGAGUGGCAUCCACUACCCACCAAAGAGGCUCGUGGCGUGGUCACUGGAUAUAAGGUGCAGUGGCGGCGCAUACACAGUCCCUCUUCCCAUGUCGACUAUGUGCCUCCUGACGUUUUAAGAUACGUCAUUACUGGCCUAAUGCCAGACACCCAGUACGAAGUGAGAGUACUGGCUGCUACGCAGGUGGGCUGGUCUAGCCUUUCUGAACACGAGAUGCCUUGGACACAAGUGACCACUUUAUCGCUCACUCCCCUCCUACCCCCACCCACUGUACAACUAACAGUCAUCAAUGCUACAACUAUACAGGUGCGAUGGACACUGGUGUCCGACUCGGUACAUGUAGAGGGAUUUCAUCUCUCAUACCGUAAACACAAUGCUCAGCCCACAACUCCCAUCCAGCUCCCGGCAAACACAUCAGAGUAUCUUCUUCUCGACUUGGAGCCUCAAACUUGGUACGAGGUGCAAGUAAAAGGGGUAUCAGGCAUGACGGAGGGCGAGAUGGGCGUCAGGGCCAUCCACACCCUCCCACCCCUCCAAGCGUCCCCCGCUCCUGCCUUGUCCCCUCCCACCAACCUGGAGGCCACACCAACUUCCUCCUCCUCGAUCAAUGUGACGUGGGACCCACCCCUGACUCCUGUUCCAGCCAAUGCCAGUUACUACACCAUCAGCUACCUUGUGGUGCCUUCUAGCGUUCAUGGAGAUGACAACAACACCAACUUCUUACAUAGUACCAGCAACGGCGUCCAAGUGACUGGAUUGAAGCCAUACACUCUAUACGAACUUAAGGUGCGAACACAUGACCACAACAACCGACACAGCGAGUACAGCCAGACCCUGGAGUGUCGAACUCUUGAGGACGUGCCCGAGAAGCCAUUGGAGGUGCAAUGGAAACCGUUGAACACAAGCAGUGUUAGGGUGAUGUGGAAGGAGCCCAACGUCACCAAUGGCCAGAUUAGAGGCUACACUGUUUCGUAUACCAAAGUGUUCAAACUAGAGCGGUGGAAGAACGUCACCCAGCUUGGAACCAGGCCUUUUACAGAUGUAACAGGUUUGAGCCCAAACACGAGGUAUACCUUGGUUGUGAGAGCUGCUACCAAUGCUGGGCUCGGGAGCCCAUCAGAGGCCUUAGAGCUGGUUAUUCCGGCCAGACAGAGGCCUAGUAGCAGUAGUUCAACACCAUCAUCGCCGCCUCCUCAAGAGACCAAUGAUCAGUUCCUCGGGAUCCUGCUGGGAUGUUCUAUUGGGGGUAUCUGUGUUGUAUUGUGCAUGGUGUCACUUAUCUACCGUCGCCGUUGUGCCAAGCCAGGGCGUGGGCAGUGCCGUACUGCUGGUAGCAAUGGGACACCAUGCUUCCACUCGUCCUCAGAACAUCAUGAGAUGCAGUGCCUCCCUGGCCAUCUGGACACCAAGGGUGGUCAUCCUAACAAUGAGGUUAACGGUUUGAGGUUGCCUUUGUUAAGCAAUGGACGACUUCCAAAUGGCCUGGUUACAAGAGAUCGAAGUGUCCGGAUUACAGAAAAUCCACAGUUUGAGUGCGGUGUAACAGUGUCGUGUGAAGAGCUGAGGCAGCCUAGCGAUGAAGGGGACAGUCUUCUAAGUGGUCACAGCCUCAAUGACACACAGCAGCUGGCACCGACUCCAGCAGCCCUGGCAGUAUGCGAUAAGCAAGAGCCUGAUGAUGGGUUCCACGAGAGUCACUUGCCCGUUGUGGGGCCCAACGGCUGAGUUACUUGUACUCUAUGCUCCCCACGCUCACCCAGCACCCGGCUUCCACAUUCACACUGACAUUCGCAUUAUCACUAGGCCUAUUUUUCAUGGCGUUUCUACAAAAUAAUAAUUUCGUUUGACAAACUCUGUUCCAGUAAGAUUGAUUUAAAUUUUAGGUUUUUUACUUUUUUUAAAUUUAAAUGUUUGUAUAAUACAGCUCUGUACUUUUUGUCUUGUAUAUUGAGACGUGCUAAUCUUGGAAAAUUAUCUCUUAGCAUCAAAUGUUAGAUAAUGAGCAUCAAAAGAACAGUAACAGAGCAAACCCAUGACUCUUCGUUUAUAUGCCAUGGAUUAUUUUCAUAAAUCUUUUUAAGUUAUUCUAAAAAUUAUGUUCCUUUUUUACGUUUUAGUCAAAAAAAAUAGUUUUGUUUCUUAAUCAGCAUGAAACUUUUCUCCAGUAUAGUUGAUAAUGAUAAUGUCAAUCAAAGGAAUAGAUUUGCAUUAAAAUUAAAGUUUCAAAAUUGAACAAAUUUGAUAAAUAUUCUGUGAAAUUAAUUUUCUAUUUUUAUGAUGAGAUAUAUUUAAAAAGUGACUGUUAAGCAGUUAAGCAUUAUGCGUUAAGCAUAUGGAGUGUGUGAGUGAGGAAGCCUCUAGUGACGCCAACCCACAACGCCAAACUGCAAUAAUGAUGCUGCUAACUGUUACCAAAUAUAAGAUAGGGUCCGCCUGGGUGAGGAUGCUGUUCCUACACACAACGAUACUUGGGUCUUCUCCACUUGUCAAGCAGCUUUUAUGUACAUUUAUUUUAUUAGAUUAAGUCAGAUAGUGGAUUUUAAGAGAUAAUAGCUUAGUCUAUAUUUUUUUUUAGAUUUAAUUGUUAUUAAACUUAACAUGUGAGAGUGGUUGUUGCGCAUGAGAUGUUUUUACGUUUGCUGUUUGUUGCUGUCAACCGAUACAACAUCAUGAAGUUCAAUUUAUGAAACAGGGAAUUUUGUACGACACCGAUGAAACAAUUCCGAACGUUUUCCUUGUUCCCUCGAUCGUUCACAACAUUUUUAUAUAUAUUACAUAGAUAUUAAUAAACUGGUACCUGAUUUUAUUUUUUUUAACAUUGUUUUUGUAUGAUAGUUGUACUGUAUAGUCGUGUAAGCAUCGUUUCUUUCUUGGUGUGUAUUUAGACAUAGUACAAAGGGUGAGUUUCACUUGUCCACUUUUUCUUUUAUCUUGGUGCUUUAUUGAAUGUUUUGCUUUUAUCACUAUUUUCGAGGUUAGAUUCGUCUUUGGUGCCUUUCAUAAAUAACGUGUAGUAUAAAUAUAAUAACAAAAUUAUGAAUUAAUAACUUUAACGACAGAACAGUAAUUUUAUUUUUCUUAUUUUUCCGUCCAUUUUUGGUCUUUUGUUUUUUGUUUAUCACAAGAUUCUCGACCUCAUGUACGAUAUAACCGAGUACGGGAACAUUCCUAAGUGAACAUUUUGAUAUUCCAUACUGAGUACCUGGCACCCACUGAACUCACUGGGACUUCUUACUGGUAACUUUGUCCAAUCAUACUCUUGUGUUGACACCUUAAUAAAGUUUUAGAAACCUAUUAAUGCUGAAAGUUAAUAUUUGAAAACCAUGAAACAGAAAACAUUUUAGUUGUUUAUAAGUAAUUAUUUUGGUGGUACUUUUUGAAUGAAUUAAACCUUCUAAUUAUAAAAAUAUAACCAAGCUAAAAUAGAUAUUAAAGUGUAGCUUUUGUUUUGUUGACUCAGAAAAGCUAAAUAAAAACCACCCACACCAGCUACAUUUCCUGGUCGUUGUUAAGACCCUAAAAUUACAUUUUUUUAUGUGGUAGGUAAUUAAGUUUUUGUGUGUUUUUAAAAAUAUUCUCAAAUUUUAUUGAAGUACCAGUAAAAUGUUUUGUAAUAUUUUUCAUUUAAAAUUAUAAUAAAUAUAAAUAGUGAUCAAAUUAAACUGAAAUAUUGUAGUGAUUUUAUAAACACGUUUAAAAUAUAUAAAUAUAUAGAGUUGUGAAUUAGUAUAUUGUACAUUAUCCACCCAAUGUGUCAGGAUGAUAGUUUGAAUGUUUAGUUAAACUGAUUAGAACAAAAGUUUGAGAUGGUGUGGAUCCUUCUUACCUGCCUGCAAACUACUGAAUAACUGGUUUGUAUUUUUUAAAUAUUUUAAUGUAUAAUGAGUUGUUCUCAGUAAACAGGUGGGGUAUAGAGUCCACAUAGUCUUGGAUUCCACAGAUGAGGACAGUAACUGUAGCAUAAAGUUAUCCUUUGAGUCCCCAAUAAAAUUAUUAUGUCAGUAAUAUUAUCAAUUCA